AUGCCUCCCACUACCAACUCCUCCGUGCAACACUACUACGACUCGCUUUCAAGCAAAGAUGUCUCUCCCCUCUGGACUGUCCUCGACAAGAUGGUCCCUCCCAGACCAAAUCCUCCUAGCACUGUUGCUAUGUGGCGAUACGACUCUCUGCGACCUCCGUUGAUGGACGCGGGAGAAUUGGUCACAGCUGAGGAAGCAGAACGUCGAGUGCUUAUGCUCGUAAAUCCGAGUCGCGAAGCACCUUAUACGACAGACACCAUCUACGCCGGGCUCCAACUGGUUCUUCCUGGAGAGACUGCCCCCGCCCAUCGCCAUAUGGCAUUUGCCCUACGAUUCAUCAUCGAAGGCUCUCAUGGCUUUACCGCUGUUGAGGGCGAGAAGCUGAUGAUGGCGAGGGGAGAUGUAAUCCUGACACCGACUUGGACCUGGCACGAUCACGGCAGCGAAGGAACCGGUCCUAUGGUCUGGCUGGAUGGUUUAGAUCUUCCUCUUUACCGAUUUCUGCCGGUCAAUUUUGCAGAAAACUAUGAGAAAUUGAGAUACCCCAGCACGCUUACUGCUAAGAGCAAGCUGAAGAUUCCCUGGUUGACGGCUGCAGCCAGUCUUGAUGCUGAUCUCUCCACGUCCUAUACAAAAUACGAGUAUCGGUUUGAGGAUGGAUCCCAUCUCUCGCGAACUCUCUCAGCACAGGCGGAGCGAGUCGCUGCUGGAAGUACAACGGCAAAGUCGCAGGAGACCUGCUCGUUCGUGUACCAUGUCUAUGAAGGAACCGGAUAUUCCAGUAUUGCAACUCCUGGUGGGAAAGAGGAGAAGGUUGAAUGGAAGGAAAAAGAUACAUUUAGCGUGCCAGCGUGGAGCAGCAUCUCGCACACCUGUACGAUGCCCAAUGGGCAGGCAUAUUUAUUUGCUAUAAAUGAUAAGCCGAUCGUGGAGGCUUUGGGGCUAUGGAGGAAGGCGUGA